CAAUUAUUUGUCUAAAUUUCACCCGCCAUAAGUAAACUGUAAUCUUAUCUUCUCCGACCACUUUCUCCUAUCUUCAACGCAAAAUUCGCAGAAAUGAGCAACUUACUACAGGUACCCUACAACGCCACCGUGAAGCUGAUGCUAACUUCCCUUGAACGCAAUCUGCUUCCAGACGCAGUUAUACGCAGACUCACUCGUCUCCUUGUAGCCGGGCGUCUUCGAAACUGCUUCAAACCCACUUCUCAAGAACAACUCCAAGACCUUAUGGCUUUUGUUCAUUCAUUAGAAGAAAUGCCAAUAGCUGUGAAGACAGAAGAUGCUAAAACUCAACAUUAUGAGCUUCCUACCUCUUUCUUCAAACUUGUGCUUGGGAAGAAUUUCAAAUACAGCUGUUGUUAUUUUCGUGACAAGUUGAGCACAUUAGAGGAUGCUGAGGUGGCAAUGUUGGAGCUUUACUGUGAAAAAGCUCAACUGAAAGAUGGGCAUACUGUUCUUGAUGUUGGAUGUGGUUGGGGAUCUUUAAUUAUAUAUAUUGCUAAAAAGUUUAGUAAUUGCAAAGUUACUGGAAUUUGCAAUUCAGUCACCCAAAAAGCUCACAUUGAAGAUCAGUGUGGGAAACUUAGUCUGCAGAAUGUGGAGAUAAUUGUGGCAGAUAUUAGCACAUUUGAAAUGGAAGGAUCAUAUGACAGGAUAUUUUCAAUUGAAAUGUUUGAGCAUAUGAAAAACUAUAAAGAUCUUCUCAAGAAGAUAUCCAACUGGAUGAAAGAGGAUGCUUUUCUCUUUGUUCAUUUCUUCUGCCAUAAAACAUAUGCUUAUCACUUUGAGGAUGUGAGUGAAGAUGAUUGGAUAACUAGAUACUUUUUCAGUGGAGGUACAAUGCCUUCAGCAAAUCUUCUCCUUUACUUUCAGGAUGAUGUUUCUGUAGUUGACCACUGGCUUGUGAAUGGAAAACAUUAUGCACAAACAAGUGAAGAGUGGCUAAAGAGAAUGGAUAAAAACAUGGCAUCAAUAAAGCCGAUAAUGGAGUCAACAUAUGGGAAAGAUUCAGCAGUCAAAUGGACAGUGUAUUGGAGAACAUUCUUCAUUUCAGUUGCUGAAUUAUUCGGUUACAAUAAUGGAGAGGAUUGGAUGGUUACACAUUACUUGUUCAAGAAAAAAUAAUGGCAAAAUCUUGAGGCUUUGUUUGUUAAUUUGACUUGACAAGCUUUCUAGGGCUAAUCCUGAUGAUGGGGAUGAAAAAGGUAUUCAUGUCUUUUGCACAAACUAGAGAUCAAGGGCGGGUGUCUAAUCCCCUUGCUCCAUCGUCAGUCAAAGUCAAAGUCAAAUGCAGUACAAUAAAUUCAAUCUUGUAAUACAAGAAAAAUGUGUGCUUUCUUUAAGUUUUAUUGGUUUUCGAUAAUUUUUGGAAGUUUAGUGAUGUGUGUAGCGUUUUGAUUACAAUAAAGUUUUGAUUAGUUUUCCA